UGAGCUCUUAAAAUUGAAAAUAAGCUUUUGAAAUGUGGUCGUUCAAGAGGAUUGAGAAUAAUCGACAGAAAGUAUCACAGCAUUAAGGUUAGUAAGAUGGUGGAGACGGAAGCAGCUGUGGCGGGUUGGCUGCAAUAUGUUGAAAUAGCUAGCUAUUAUAUUUUAAAAAAAAUAUGUCAUAUAUUUUGAGUAUGUAAAAUGCUAGUUAAAGAUUAUAUAUAUGAUAUUAUUAUUAUGCAAUAAUUUAUUUAUCGCUCGAUGGAGAGUGCAUGUAGUCGGCCCCUCUUGGACGCUUGACCAAAGCCCUCAUGAUCAUGUUGUGCUAUGCCAAUUUCAUGAGUGAGCUGGCCGGUCAACUCCUUUUGGCGAGCUAGACUCGGUUACCCCAUCAUUUACUGCUUUAUUAAAAUUGUAAUUAAAUGUCCGAUUGUUUAGCCGCACGUAUUUGUAGACUGGUUCUAAACCACCAGCGUGCUGAGCCAAGCUUUCCGACUUUAAUAUUAAAAAUGUUAUAAUACUUAGUCUAAUUAUACAACAACGAUUACUAUACAUUAAUAUUCUUUAAGAAUAUUAACAAAAAGAGAUGAACAUAUAUAUAUAUUAUUAUUAUUAUUAUUAUUAUUAUUAUUAUUAUUAUUAUUAUUAUUAUUAUUAUUAUUAUUAUCCCCUUCUUUCCCGCUUCUUAAAUCCAACCCCUAGUCAUGUCCCGGCAUUCGUGCCUUCCUUCGGGAAUUGGGGCGUGACAGGUUUUGAAUUGGUGUUUUAUUUUGGACUCUGUCACUUGUGAUUUUGUUUAUAUUUUGCGAAUCAUAUGUUACCGCACCUUUUUUAUUUUUCACAAGGAAACGGAGAAGCAGGGAGUAGCAACAUUUUCUGCGGGCGUGCAAACAAAUCUGAGAAAACAAGGCGCAGCUGGACUUAUAAGGAAGAGGAAGUACUCCUGGCCUCUCUCAAGGAGUUGGUUGCGAAUGGCUGGAAAGCUAACAAUGGAUUCAGAGCAGGUUAUCUGUCGAAGCUUGAAUAUGCAAUGGGAAAGGCCUUUCCGGACACUGAUCUAAAGGGAAUGCCGCACAUAAACUCAAAGAUAAGUUCCUGGAAGAAGAGCUACAACUCUCUCAUGUCGAUGGUGCAGAUCACUGGGGUUGGCUUUAGUUCAAAUGGUACAUUCAUGAUAGACUGCGAUAAUGAUCAGUGGGACACCAUCAUGAAGAAGGAUGCAAACGCAAAGGGGAUGCAUUACAAGGCGUGGCCUAUGUUUGAAGCAUGGAAGGAAGUGUUUGGCAAGGAUAGGGCUACUGGCGAGCAGGCUGAGGAUGUCAUGGAUGCAUACAAUGAGAUGAUACACAACAACAAUGUUGCUGAGGCACGAGCAGAAGGUCACAUCAACGAUGAGCAUGAUGAAACAAACGUUGAUACUGAGGCUGGUGAUAGCACUUGUUAGAGUUCGAAGGCUGACAACAAAGUUGGAGUAAGAAGCAGGAAAUGCAAAAAUGAUGAUGAUCUCAAAGAUGUGUAUGCAUUUCUUGGUGAAAUCAUGAGCACUACCGGGCAAAGGCUGGAGAUGAUGUCAAGUAGGAUUGGCUACAAAUUCGAUUUGGCUAAGGCGAGGAAAGAGGCUUAUGAGUUUCUGAACAAGAUGU